AUGUUGUUUCGUGCCCAGCCGCUCGUCGCCGACAAGCUCCUGCAGGCCCAGCAGCCGCGCGCCCGGUCCUCCCAGUUGCCGUCCCCGCAGCGCCAGCCGGCCGCCGGCUUCGCCCAGCCGCCGAGGCAGCCGCAGCCCCCGAGCCGGCUGCUCCUCGGCGCCGCCGCCGAGGCUGAGCCGCUGUCGCCCGCCGAGGCCGCCAAGGCGGUCGUGCUCGGCGAGUUCGACGAGUACCUCGGCGACGUCGACGAGCAGGCGGAGCAGGAGGACGAGGAGGGGGAGGAGGACGUCGACGACGACGAAGACGACGACGAGGAGGUGGACGAGGACGAAGAGGACGAAGAGGCCGGCGCGCCCGCGCGCCCCCGACGACCAGGGCCAGGGGGCCCACCGGCUCUCGCCCCGCCUCCACGACAUCGAAGAGGAGGACGAUGA